GGUCGGCAUCGGCAGCGGAGAGACAGCAGACACCAGCGACCGAGCACCAUGAGGGGACCACGCUUGGGGACAUUCAGGAGAUGGAGAUGACUCCAUCCGGCGCCGGUGUCCGCCACCGCUCGCCGUCCGAGCUGCGCACCGACGACUUCUACGUCGGCGGCUCUGGCGGGGGUUUGGGGGAUCUCAGUGCCCCGAGACAGCGGGGUGCCUCACUGUCGGACGUGCUCCUCGACGAUUCUGAUGUGCGGGGCCAUGUAGAGACCGUGGAGGAGCGGGAUGCCCGACUGGACAGAGAGGAGGAGGAGCGGCUCCGGACUUUGCCGGGAUGGGAGGGUCAUUUCGCCCACGGUGUUGAGGGAGAUGGUGGCAGCGACGAGGACGAGGGUGAGGAGGGGUCCAACAACGGAGACGACCACGGUGACAACGGCGGCAACGACGACGACGGCGACUACGACGGUGACCACGACGACGACGGCAACGACGGCGACCACGACGGCGACCACGGCGAUGAGGGUAGGCUGGCUUUGGUAUUGAGGGACCCGUCAGUGCCUACACUACCUCUCACACGGCCCGAGGCCUUCUCUCAGGCUGGUUUUGAUGCCGAGGAUUUGGCGCGACUCGGUUCACAUGACCCUUUCCCCCACACGGGCCGCAGGAGCGACGAGAGGCGCCCUCCUGGAGGGGCGUAUUCGCCUCCGCCGUACAUCGUGGAUAGCCCUAGAUGGUCAGGUUCUUCGCUCAGCGGCAUUAGAGGGAGGGAGUCUGAGCCGGUUGAUGGGGGGUCGGGCCGCCACAGUGACGGCGGCGGAUCUGCCGGAUCGAUGCCUCCGCCACCCGCACGGAGCAUGGAGGGCGGCGCCGACAUGACUACUGCCCGUGCGGCCGUUGCCGGUUCCCAGCCGCCUGUCGCAGGUGGUGGUGGAUGGGCAGCUCAUCGCCGGGUAUCGGACCGGAUGAGGGAGGAUUACGACGCCGGGAGGGGCGCCUUCGCAGGACGUUUGUAACGUCGGUUUCAGGUUGCGGCCAGCAGCGAG